AUGGAAAAUUUAAUUCGAGAAUCUAAAAACUAGGAAUAGGUUUUCGACACAAUAAGGCAGCAAAGAAUUUAGAUGAUUAAAAAUACUUUUAUUCUAAUUCUAGUUUUUGAAAGUGUUGUGAUCAUUAGUAUGCACUUAUAUUAAUUCAGCCUAAAUUUUUAUGUUGACAUAUUAUCAAAUGUACACACCAAAUAAAAAUGAAUUGUAUAGACUUUGGAUAUCCUUUUAUUACAGUUGUUAGGGAAAUAUUUGUUUUUAAAAUAAGUAAGAAAUAAAAUUAAGUAAGGAAUAUUUGCAGCAAUCUUUCUUAUUAAGAAAAAUAUCAUGAUGUCUAUUGUUAUAAUACUUCAACCAUGAAUAUAAUUAGAUAUUUGUUAAGUUCCAUUCUUAUAUUUAUCAUACUUUUGAUGUUUUUUGAUAUUUAUAGAAUCAUAAAAAUCAAGAACUCUUUAAAUAAUCGAAUAUUAUCUUAAGAUCUAGUUAAUUAAGCUGAGAAAUUUCAAAUUGUUAUUACUUUAUUAUUAUGCAUAUAUUAUGGGAUAUUAAUGAUUUUUAUAUUUGUCGUAGAUGGGGAAAGUAAUUCAAUUUUUAAGUAUUAGAUGGAAGUGCAUUAGGAUUAUCAUUCUAUGUUGGAGGUGUAGGAACAGUAAUUUACAUGAUAAUUAUCAUUUAUUCUAGAUAUGUAAGAGGGAGGUUUUCAAGAACUACUUAUUUUGAAAAAUUGCUAAACCAAUAACUAAAUGAAUCAGAGAUAUAAUAAAAUUAUGAAUUUAAAACUAUUGAAGAAAAGGAGGAAAGUUUCUAUUCAGCCUAAGAAUGA